AAAUUUUCGAUUUUGAAACUGAAAAAGAGGUAUCUUUAACUUUUCCAGAUUGGCAAAAGAAAAUUGAUUACUUCUCCUUUAUUCAUAACGGAAAUAUCAUAAUGGUCAGUACUGAAUAUUACAGAGCAUAUAUUUUUUCAAGUAAAGAUGAUAUUAGCUGGGCUUGUAAAUCAAUGAUUGAGCUGAAAUAUUUUAAAAAGAUUUAUAUUACUCCUAAGGGAAAAUUGAUCAUAUUUAAUGACACAAUUUAUGAGAUCACAAUGUGGGAUAUUGAAGAAUUAUCGAUUAAAACUAGUAUUUUAAUAGAUUGGAAUUUUGUACCUGAAUCUAUUGAAAUUAGCGAUGAUGAAGAAUUAUUAGUAGUAUACGCAAGAAAUGAAGGAAAUGAAGAAAUUAAUGGAACACGUUUAUAUGUUUUUUCCACCGAAACUGGAAUGAAUUUGUCAUCAC